AUGCGUUUGGAGCGAUACGAGGGCGUGCGAGAGGCGUUGGCGUCGACGCCGUGCGAUGUGUACCCGGACGUUGACGCCAUCGCUGAAGCGCAUCCGGAGGUCACGCUCGAUGCCCUGGUGAGCGUGUACGCGCAGGAGGCGUCGAGGAAGAUACGGGGGAAUCACGGGAGACACGCACGGAACGUGGCGGCGCACGCGAGACGGUACGCGGAGGGAGAGGAUAUUUUUCGCGUCGCGGCGGAUGCGGAUUUUCCGGCGUGUCAGAUGAUGCGCCUGUUGCUCGAACAUCUCUUAGGCGUGUCGCACAAGGCGGUGGGAGGGAUAUUGAGAGAGCCGUAUUCGCGGAUACCGGCGACGCCGGAGAUUGGGACGGUGGCGGCGAAGUACGGGGCGACGCUCAUGCGUCGGUUGCGCGCGGACGUCGAGCGCGUCGCGGCGUGGGAUCAUCAGGCGUCGCCCGUGGUGGAUACGUUACGGCACGGCGCCGGAAAGGAGUACGAAGAUUUGUUAGAGGAGCUCUUGCGGGCGGAGGGGAUCCCGUUCGUCACCGAACGGGAUCUGAGGGCGGACGGGCACGCGCGGACGCCGGAUAUCAAGCUCGAGGUGCCGAUCGCGGUGCGUGGACGAAUCGUCAACUGGAUCGACUCCAAGGCGUCGUUCAGCGACCCCAUCGUGCACGUGGAGAAGGGUUUGGAGCAAUUUCAGGGUUACGUCAACAGAUUCGGACCAGGGAUGGUGAUUUAUUGGCACGGCGUCGUGGACGAGCUCAAUAACGACCCAAACGUCCUGUUAGUCGACGCGUUCCCGCCCUCGAGCGAGAUCACGAAACUCCGGAUGAUUUAG